CACAAAAAAUCUUUUCUUGUUGUUUUAGGCAUUCUGGUUUUGGCUUUUGCUCAUUCUUUGCAUCUUUUAUUAAGACCUGCUGGUGAAUAUUCUUACGAUCAACCAAGCUAUACCGAUGAUGUUAAUAAUCCUUGGAAUCUUGUUUCAACGUAUAAAUUAAUUUCAUCUAAUGGUACAGUUGAAGGAUCAUCGUUUAUUCAAACACCCGAUGAUAAUACAAAUUUGUUUGCAAUGUUUAGCACUUCUAUUUUAGCAGUAUAUUUUAUGUUAAUAGGGGAUUUAAGUACAGUUUCUUCAUGGGUUUUAAAAGAUAAUAGGACUUUAGUAUUUUUGUUGGUUAUAUUUUCAUUUUUUACAACAAUAUAUUUACUGAAUUUGUUUAUUUCAUUACUUGGAAUGGCUAUUGAUGAGAGAUAUAAUGAAGAAUCCUUUUUACAACUAAGAGGAGAGAAUUUAAAAUUUAGAUAUUAUGAAGUUUCAUUUAACAAGCUUAAAAAAUAUAUAAAAGAUAUUAAAAAAAAUAAUGAAGAUGAUGAAAUUUUACAAAAUCUACUUCCUGUAAUCAAAAAAAUUACUGGAAUUGAAGGUUUAGCUGAAGAUUCUAUUAAAGACUCUACUAAAGACUCUACUGAAGACUUAACUGAAGACUCUACUAAAGAAUUAACUGAAAAAUCUAUUGAAGACCUUAAUGAAAUACAGAAAGAGAUAAGUAAAGCUCAAAUAGACGAAGUACUAAAAGGUCCACUUGACAAAAUUAAUAAAUUAAUUGAACUUCUUGAAAACAAAGCCCCACUUGACAAAAUUAAUAAAUUAAUUGAACUUCUUGAAAAAAAAGAUCCGAAUAAUGGUUCUUCUGACUA